AUGCGAGACCCGAUCCCACCCACGGGACGCCCGCCACAGUGCACAGAGUCCCGGCGGAACAGGCGCAGGUCCCCUCAGGCUGGGCGACGCGGACCCCUGCGUGCGCGAGUCCGGCUUGCCAAGGCAGCGGCCACGUGUCCCGCAGCGUCUGUUCCUCCCACGCCCGGGACCCCCAGCACCCUCCCUGCCCCGGCCGGGACCCGCGCGCUGUUCCGAGGGCCGUUGGCGGAGCCGACCCAAGCUGGUGGCUGCGCAUGGCCGCCCCGUCGGGGACCGGGGCGGGGGCCGCGGGCAGCGGGGGCCGCUCGGGCCAGGCGGCGGGUGCAGGGCACGCGGGAGGCCACGGAGCCGCCAGGGGACCAGGUCCCGGAGGCGCAGGGAGCCUGGACUGCGGGUGCAGGGAAACCUCCAGGCAAUGACACGAUGUGGGACAUGGGCGUCGUCCUGGACGCAGCGUCCUUGGUGUCCGACGACUUUUCCCGUGUCACAUCGGCUGCAGCGGGUCACUUCCGUACACUGGCGCUGUGCGUCUCCUGGGUCAGCCCUGUGUCCCCGGACCCGGUGCAAGUGAAAGCCAUAAAGAUGGACAAGGGCGUCCAGAGAAUCCUUGGCGCCCUCGAGAAAGGCGGUGAUGCGGGACACAGCCCCCAGCGUCACAGGAAGGUCGUCGCUCUUGUGAAACCACACCAGGUUCUCAUGAAAAGGCUGCCAGAAGACAGAGGCGACCCUGGCCAGGGCCUGCGGCGUCUCCCACCACGCCUGGCGGGGCAGGUUUGGAGCGGGGUCUGAAGAGCCCUCCGAAAGCAGCUCCAAGAAGCAGGGAUGUGACGUUCCGGCCCGAACCUUAAAUUAUAAGAAUCACAUUGUGUAAGAA